UAAUAAUAAAUGCCAUGUGCGAAAAUUGGCCUUAAAAUCAGCGGCAAACGAUUCAGGAGUUACAAUCAACAACGUAAAUGUCACAUGUGGAUCUCUUUAAGAUGAACUGGUCUCAAUUAAUAAAUAAUAAUGGUCCGAGCUUGUAGCGUAUUAGGAUGUAAAUCUGGAGGAAUCGUACCGUCUCAUCGGUUUCCCAGUGAUGAGAAAAGACUGUUACUUUGGAAGAAGUGUAUUAAAUUUUUUAAAGAAGAAGGCUUAAGCAGUGCACAUUUAAAGACUCGAGUUGUAUGCUAUAAACAUUUUAAGGACAGCGAUUAUGCUUCUCAGGAUUACAAGAAAAGAAGACUGAAACCAGAGGCACUUCCGUCAUUAAAUUUGCCAUAUGAAACAGAUGGUCCAGAGUGUAUCAGCGCUAACAACGAAAGUGAUAUUUCUCCUGAUAAUGAAAUUCAUAUAUUGAUGGGCGAUAAUUCAAGUGAAACGCACCAUGCUUCUCAGGAAACUUCUACACUUCAUGUCACUGCAAAUGAUGACUCUCCUGCAUCGAGGGACGUCAACAAUUGUGGCAAUGAAUUAACAGUACUUUCUCUACUUCCAACAUCGAAAUGCUUUAAUUCUCAUAUUUCGCUAAGGAAAGUAAAAUGUAAAAAUUCGGUACUAAGUUAUCAACAACUAACCAGAGCAGUCUGUACGCAUCGAAGAUACUUACAGGGGGUUUCAAAACAGAUGCUAUUAUUUAGGCGGAGGCUUAUAGAAGAAGGUUUUCGUAGAGGUAAAACAAUUGAGGCCUUACAACAAAAAUUAUCAUCAACUGAGAAGAGGUUUAUAGAAAUGCAAAUACGUGCAUCAAUUCACAAGUUAAAGGUUAUUAAGAAAUUAUAUUAUGAUAUUGCUAAAUGCUUAGCAUAAUUAGUUGAUAAUCGUUCUUUUUUAUAAUACACGCAUAGUAUCAAAGUGAUAUUACAUUUAUACUGAAUUGAAUUAAGUUCAAUAUUUAUGAUACUUAAUUGUAAAAGUGCCAUUUUGCAUGACCCAACCUGUUGCACUUCGUAUACUUCUUCGAUUGACACGUGUGGGUCAGUGUUUUUGAUCACCGCAACCUUAUAUUUUCUAAAAAUAAUCUUAAUUUGCGACCAUGGUCUUAUGUACACUGUUAACAUGAAAUAAAGCAAUGUUAGGUAUGGGGUGAA